AUGGAGGACGACCGAGCAGCGACCAACUUGGGGCCCGAGGCCGCCUUUGACAUGGCGGAAGAAGCAGAGCUGUUGCCUAAACAACCGAAAAAACGCUUCGUGGGCAGGAAGAUGGCCGCAAAAGCGAGCGGGCAGCAAGCUGAUGCAAAUGCCAGUAUUGAAGAUUCCAGCGCGAUACAAGUGGCCCAGCCUCGACGUUCUGCUCGUGCACUGAACGCGCUACCUGACGACAUUCUCCACGACGCCGACAUCAACGAAGCCAUUGCCCUCUUACCCCCAAACUACAACUUCGAGAUUCACAAAUGCAUUCAUCGCAUACGAACUUCGGGCGCCAAGUCGAUAGCUCUGCAGUUCCCAGAGGGCCUGCUAUUGUUUGCGACAACCAUAUCUGACAUUCUGACGCGCUUCUGUCCGGGCACCUCAACCCUAAUCAUGGGUGAUGUUACAUACGGGGCAUGUUGUAUAGAUGACUACACUGCGCGAGCGUUGGGUUGCGAUCUUUUGAUUCACUAUGCCCAUAGCUGUUUGAUACCUGUAGCCGUGACCAAGAUUGCGACACUAUACAUCUUUGUCUCUAUCAGCAUCGACACACAGCACUUGAUCAAUACUAUCACACAGAACUUCCCCGUUGGCAAAACUAUAGCACUUGUCGGGACUAUACAGUUCAAUGCCACCAUACAUGGUAUCGUGCCGAUACUACGAAAGGAAGGAUACAACCCAUUUGUGCCGCAGAUUGCGCCUCUAUCAAAGGGCGAAAUCCUCGGCUGUACAUCGCCCUCGAUGGCCAUCAAGCCAGGCCAGCUCAAUUCCAGGGGCAAAGAAGAGGAGGUGCCUGACCUGAUACUCUAUCUUGGCGACGGUCGGUUCCAUCUCGAAAGCGCCAUGAUCGCUAAUCCCCAUUUACCCGCAUAUCGCUACGACCCGUAUUCGCGUCGGUUGACACAUGAGACGUACGAGCAUGACUCACUUUACGAAUUGCGCCGCAGUGCUAUCUUUACAGCCCGGAAGGCACGAACAUGGGGCAUCAUCCUUGGCUCGCUCGGCCGACAAGGUAAUCCACAUACGUUGACUCUGAUCGAAAACGAACUUGCGAAACAGGGUAUUAAAUGCGUCAACCUACUCAUGUCGGAGAUCUUCCCCGGAAAACUGGCCAUGAUGUCCGAUGUGGAGGCAUGGGUUCAGAUCGCAUGUCCCAGAUUAAGUAUCGAUUGGGGCUAUGCUUUUCCCAGGCCUUUGCUGAGCCCAUAUGAGGCGCUUGUUACACUCGGAGUGAGGAAUGCACCAUGGUUGGAGGAAGACGAUAGUCUGAGCAAAGUGGAAGAAAAGGGGCGAAAAAAUCUCUACCCCAUGGACUUUUACGCAAAGGAAGGCCUGGGACGUACAACUGUGGACCAUAUCAAAGCUUCAGAGUUAGCAGCUAAUGCUUAG